UUCAACAUUUGCUAUAUCUUGUUAUUUAUCACAUUCUUCUAUUUCUAAACAUUACAAUGGAUAAUGUAAAUUUUAUUUUGGAAUAUUGACAUAACAGUUUAAUUUAGUUAAGAUAAAAUAAAGCCAUAUUACUUUUUGUGUGUCAUGAACAUAAGUAAAGGGGUCUCUGUUAUUUAGUUUUCCUGCUUUAAAAGGGAUUUUACCAUUAAUUAUAAUCAGCAGAAGUUCAUUUAGAGUACCAAGAUAUAAACAGAACAUUUCCUGGGGAAGGUGUUAGCAGCAAAAGGAUUUCAAACUAGUUUUCACUUUAUAAAUAAAGUGUUGUGAUAGGCAUAUGCCACAUACCAUUAAGAUGUAACAGAAUCUGCUCUGGCCUUAAGGGUGUAUAAUACUUGGUUUGAUGUACAAAUUUGAAUAUAUAGCUUGCUGAUAUGAAGUAGGAAAGCUUGCUAUAUGUCUACUUAUGGGAUGAGUCAUGGAUACGUCCAAGAAAAAAGAGGAGAUAAUUGGAUUUCUUUAUAAUUUCAUUGAAUUCCACAGAAUAAAUUUGAAAACUACUACCUGCUUAGUAUUUCUUAAUGGAAUAAAAAAUAAACACCAAGGAUAAACACUCACAAUGGUAAAUAAUCUUCAGAAAAUAGUCAGUAUCAAAAAAAAUUAUAUGAGUAUGCAAAAAUAUUGAUGUUUCUAUACAGCUAAAUACAUUUUGAAAAAUAGUAGUAGGAAAUAACAACAAAGACAUUUCAUCAUUUCAAGCUUUGAAAUCUGGAAAUUCAAAAAAAAUUUGGUGGCAGUUAUGUAUAUCAGGCAGAAAUAACAGCAGGACUAGCUUUGGAUUGAGUUUUAUUUGGGAUAUAAUUAAUUUGGGACUCCAGGGUACUGUUUUACAAUAUGAUGUUUUAGAGCCAUGUUUGAAAAAAAGGCGGGGGAGGGGCUAGAGAUAAUAAUUGAGAGCUUUUUACGAAGACCUGAUGGUUGAUUUUAUUUCCACCAUCUUCUUCUUCCACUGUUAUUGCCUGGAGUUUUACCCUGGCUCCCUUGGAUAAAGAAGGUGUUUGCUCCAUGAUCUUCAGGCUCGCAGAUUUAACCUGUUCAAAGCAUCAAAUGUGCAAUGUCCAAGAUAUUUUCUCAAUGCAAAAUCAUUUUACUUCACUUCACAUCUUUAGUCCACAACAUAAAUUUCCUCUUUGAUAUUUGCUUAAUUAGAAACAAAAUUGAAAUGUAUUUAAAUACUCUGAUUCUUUAUAUUUCUCCAGAUGCAUUUCUUGUAGUGCUCCCUGCUCCACACAACUACAUCCUGAGUUCUGCCCAUCUUGAACUGGGCUGAGUCAAAUAUUUCUUUUUUUUUUUUUAAUUUGUAUUUUAUUAUAGGUUCCAGGAUACAUGUGCAGAACAUGCAGGUUCGUUACAUAGGUAAAUGUGUGCCAUGGUGGUUUGCUGCACCUAUCAACCCAUCACCUAGGUAUUAAGCCUCACAUGCAUUAAGUAUUAGUCCUGAUGCUCUCUGUCCCCUCAACCCCCUUAACAGGCCCCAGGGCGUGUUGUUCCCCCACCGCUGUGUCCAUGUGUUUCAACUGUUCAGUUCCCACCUAUGAGUGAGAACAUGCAGUGUUUUGUUUUCAGUUCCCAUUCUAUAGGUUGCCUGUUUGCCCUGAUGAAUUAUUCUUAGAAAACUGAAACACCUUCAUUCAUGUCCCUGCAAAGGACAUGAUGUCCUUCCUUUUUAUGGCUGCAUAGUUUUCCAUGUUGUAUAUGUGCCACAUUUUCUUUAUGAGAUGGUAUCUCAUUGUGGUUUUGAUGUGCAUUUCUCUAAUGAUCAGUGAUGUUGAGCCUUUUUUUUUUUAAUAGGUAUGUUGGGCACAUAUAUGUCUUCUUUGAGAAGUGUCUGUUCAUGUCCUUUGCCUACUUUUCGAUGGGGUUGUUUUUUCUUAUAAAUGUAAGUUCCUUGUAAAUCCUGGAUAUUAGACCUUUAUCAUAUGGGUAGAUUCCAAAAUUUUUCUCCCAUUCUAUAGGUUGCCUGUUUGCUCUGGUGAUAGUUUAUUUUGCUGUGCAGAAGCCCUUUAGUUUAAUUAGAUUCUAUUUUUCAAUUUUAGCUCUUAUUGCAAUUGCUUUAGGUGAUUUUAUGAUAAAACCUUUGCCCAUGCCUAUUUCCUGAAUCGUAUUGCCUAGAUUUUCUUCUAGGGUUUUUAUGGUUUGGAAUUUUACAUUUAAGUCUUUAAUCCACCUUGAGCUUAUUUCUGUAUAAGGUGUAAGACAAAGGUCCAGUUUCAGUUUUCUACAUAUGGCUAGCCAGUUUUCCCAGCACCAUUUACUAAAUAGGGACUCCUUUCCCCAUUGCUUGUUUUUGUCAGGUUUGUCAAAGAUCAGAUGGUUGUAGAUGUCAGGUCUUAUUUCUGAGAUCUCUAUUCUGUUCUAUUGGUCUAUGUGUCUGUUUUGGUACCAGUACCAUGCUGUUUUGAUUACUGUAGCCUUGUAGUAAAGUUUGACGUCGAGUAGUGUGAUGCCUCCAGCUUUGUUCUUUUUGUUUAGGAUUGACUUGGCUACAUGGGCUUCUUUUUGGUUCCAUAGGACUUUUAAAGUAGUUUAUCUAAUUCUGUGAAAAACGUCCAUGGUAGUUUGAUGGGAAUAGCAUUAAAGGGCAUACAUUGAGCAGUAUAGCCAUUUUCAUGAUAUUGAUUCUUCCCAUCCAUUAGCAUGGAAUAUUUUUCCAUUUGUUAGUGUCUUCUCUUAUUUCCUUGAGCAGUGGUUUGCAGUUCUCUUUGAAGGGGCCCUUCACAUCCCUUGUUAGCUGUAUUCCUAGGUAUUUUAUUCUCUUUGUAGCAAUUGUAAAUGGAAGUUCAUUCAUGAGUUGGCUCUCUGCUUCUCUAUUGUUGGUGCAUAGGAAUGCUUGUAAUUUUUGGACAUUGAUUUUGUAUCCUGAGACGUUGUUGAAGUUGCUUGUCAGCUUAAAGAACUUUUGGGCUGAGACAAUGGGGUUUUCUAGGCAUAGGAUUGUCAUCUGCAAACAGAGACAAUUUGACUUCCUCUCUUCCUAUUUGAAUACCCUUUGUUUCUCUCUUGCCUUAAUGCCCCGACCAUAACUUCCAAUACUAUGUUGAAUAGGAGUGGUGAGAGAGGGUAUCUACAGAACUCUCCAGUACAAAGUAACAUAAUAUACAUUUUUAUCAGUGCCACAUAGCACCCACAUAGCACUUACUCUAAAAUAGAUUACAUAAUUGGUAAUAAAGCACUCCUCAACAAAUGCAAAAGAGCUGAAAUCAUACCAAACAGUCUCUCAGACCAAAGCAUAAUCAAAUUAGAACUCAAGACCAAGAAACUCACUCAAAACCACACAACUACAUAGAAAUUGAACAACCUGCUCCCAAAUGACUCCUGGAUAAAUAAUUAAAUUGAGACAGAAAUCAAGGAGUUCUUUGAAACCAAUGAGAACAAAGAGACAAUGUAUCAGAAUCUCUGGGAUGCAGCUAAAGCAGUGUUAGGAGGGAAACUUAGAGCACUAAAUGCCCACAUCAGAAAGUAAGAAAGAUCUCAAAUUGACACCCUAACAUCACAACUAAAAGAACUAGGGAAGCAUGAGCAAACAAAUCCAAAGGCUAGCAGAAGACAAGAAAUAACUAAGAUCAGAGUGAAACUGAAGGAGAUAGAGACACAAAAAAAAGGCUUGAAAAAAAUUAAUGAAUCCAAGAGUUGAUUUUUUGAAAAAUAAAAUAAAAUAAAAUAGACUGCUGGCUAGGCUAAUAAAGAAGAAAGAGAGAAUAAUCAGAUAAACCCAAUAAAAAAUGAUAAAGGGGAUAUCACCACUGACCCCAUAGAAAUACAAACUACCAUCUGAGAAUACUAUUAACACCUCUACACAAAAAACUAGAAAAUCUAGAAAAAAUGGAUAAAUUCAUGGACACAUACACCCUCCUAAGACUAAAUCAGGAAGAAAUUGAAUCCUUGAAUAGAUCAGUAACAAGUUCUGAAAUUGAGGCAGUACUAAAUGGCCUACCAACCAAAAAAUGCCCAGGACCAGAUGGAUUCACAACCUGAUUCUAUCAGAGGUACAAAGAGGAGCUGGUACCAUUCUUCUGAAACUAUUCCAAACAAUUGAAAAAGGGGGACUUCUUCCUAACUCAUUUAUGAGGCCAGCAUCAUCCUGAUACCAAAACCUGGCAGAGACACAACAAAAAGGGAACACUUCAGGCCAAUAUCCCUGGUAAAUAUCGAGGCAAAAAUUCUCAGUAAAAUACUAGCAAACCAAAUCCAGCAGCACAUCAAAAAUAUUAUCUACCACGAUCAAGUCAGCUUCAUCCCUGGUUCAACAUACAAUAAACAAUAAACAUAAUUCAUCACAUAAACAACCAAUGACAACAACCACAUGAUUAUCUCAAUAGACACAGAAAAGGCCUUAGAUAAAAUCCAACAUCGCUUCGUGUUAAAAACUCUCAAUAGCCAGGCACGGUGGCUCAUGCGUGUAAUCCCAGCACUUUGGGAGGCUGAGGUGGGUGGAUCACCUGAGGUCAGGAGUUUGAGACGAGCCUGACCAACAUGGUGUAACCCUAUCUCUACUAAAAUACAAAAAUUAGCCAGGUGUAGUGGCAGGCACCUGUAAUCUCAGCUACUUGGGAGGCUGAGGUGGGAAAAUUGCUUGAAACCAGGAGGCAGAGUUUGCAUUGGGCCAAGAUUGCGCCAUUGCACUCCAGCCUGACAACAGAGCGAGACUCUGUCCCCCCCAAAAACAAAACAAAACAAAACAAAAAAACUCUCAAUAAACUAGGUAUUGAUGGAACAUACAUCAAAUUAAUAAGAGCUAUUUAUGACAAACUCAUAGCCAAUAUCACACUGAAUGAGCAAAACCUGGAAGCAUUCCCUCUGAAAACCGGCACAAGAUGAGCCACGUUUCAUACAGUUGAGCCUUUGCUCACUGUGGUAGAACACGCCCCGUAAGUCUCCAAGGUAGCACAUUGCAGUGAAGCUGUUAAAGACCACAGAAGGGUUUUCUUUUGUCCCUAGAUGUUUAUCUGAUUUGAUUUAUAACACUUUAUUGUAAAAAGAAGAAAUCAAUUUUUUCAAAAAUACAAAGGUUUUUGAAUGUCCUCACUACAAAAAAAUGAUAAAUGCAUGAGGUGAUGGUCACACUAAAUACCCUGAUUUGAUCAUUAUGCAAAAUAUAUGUUUUGAAAUGUCAAAAUGUGCCCCCAUAGAUAUUUACAACUUUAAUGUAUCAACUUAAUAAAAUUAAAAAUAGAAACAAAACAAUCAAAUAAACAAACAAAAAAUGCAGCUUCUUUUCCACACAGAAUUGGAAGGAAAAAAAUUAUCCUCAGAAGAUAAGUGGACGAUUUAUUCUUCCUUAGAAAAAUAUUUUAAUGGGUGUUUUGAUUAAAUAAGACAAGACUUCACGACUUGGUCUGAGAUAGAAAAGUUAAAACAUAGAGUACUAUACCCUUCUCUGAAUUGAAGUGUACAGGUGUCCCCAAGGAGUAAUGUCAUUGAUCUCAUAUAAUCCUUCACUGGGUUGCAGGUAGGAUGGUAGGGAAAAAAAACAUGCGAACAGGAAUUCUGUUGUCAACGAGACUACUAACCUGGAGAAAUAUUAGGACAGAAGGAGAAAAAAUUCUGUAAGGAAUUUUCUUUUAUGAGGUAUGAUCCUAAAAUUUAGCAAUAAAGGCAUACAAUGAUUUUUCUCCUAGGUUUUCUAUUGACUGUACAUGUGGGUAAGUAGGGAAGCUCUUAUACACUUCAGCAUUCUUGUCUGUAAAGUAAAUGUCCAAAUGUACUCCAUGUAUACUCUGUGAAAGUUGGAUGAGGAAAUAAUUGUAAAAGCAAUGGACUAAUCCACACAAUUUACCAUGACUAAAGGAAGGUAACUGAAGGUUGGUGAGAAGGCCUUAUGCAUGCAUAUAAACUGCCCAGUAGAGUAUGUCACAGUAUGUAUUUGAAAACUGAAUUGAUAAAUAAGCUUGUACCUUCUUCGGAAUUCUCAGAUAAGGCAAAUUAUCCAGGAUGGUGUGGAAAAACCAGACCUUCAACUCCAUCUUCAUCCUGCUGGGAAUCUUCAAUCACAGCCCCACCCAUACCUUCCUUUUUUCUCUGGUCCUGGGCAUCUUCUCACUGGCAUUGAUGGAAAAUAUUUCCAUGGUUCUCCUCAUCUACAUAGAGAAACAGCUCCACACCCCCAUGUACUUCCUCCUCAGUCAACUGUCCCUUAUGGACCUCAUGCUCAUCUGCACCACUCUACCCAAGAUGAUCUUCAGCUACUUGUCUGGGAAGAAAUCUAUCUCUCUGGCAGGUUGUGGAACUCAGAUAUUCUUCUAUGUAUCCAUGCUUGGAGCUGAAUGUUUCUUGUUGGCUGUCAUGGCUUAUGACCGCUAUGUGGCUAUAUGUCACCCUCUUCGGUACACCAUCCUCAUGAAUCCGAAACUCUGUGUCUUCAUGACUGUUGCUUCCUGGACCUUGGGGUCUCUUGAUGGGAUUAUAGUGCUUGCAGCUGUCCUGUCAUUUUCUUACUGCAGCUCUCUGGAAAUUCAUCAUUUUUUCUGUGAUGUUGCUGCCCUUUUACCUCUAUCCUGCACAGAAACAUCUGCAUUUGAAAGACUACUUGUCAUUUGUUGUGUGGUAAUGCUAAUCUUUCCAGUUUCAGUUAUCAUACUUUCCUAUUCCCAUGUCCUUCGAGCCGUCAUCCACAUGGGCUCUGGGGAAAGUCGUCGCAAGGCCUUCACUACCUGCUCCUCCCACCUGUCUGUGGUCGGACUCUACUACGGUGCUGCUAUGUUCAUGUACAUGAGACCAGCUUCUAAACAUACGCCAGACCAGGACAAGAUGGUGUCGGCCUUCUACACUAUUCUCACCCCUAUGCUGAACCCUCUCAUUUAUAGCCUCCGCAACAAAGAAGUGUUCAGGGCACUACAGAAGGUACUGAAGAAAAGAAAGUUAAUAUGACCUUAUCAAAAUCUUUUUGAGUGCCUACUGUGGUCAACACUCAUUCAAAAAAACUGGAAUCUCUUAAAUUAUUCUAUUUCUAUUUCUGGUAAUUUCUAUUAAUAUUUUCCACUUCUUUUCAAAAUUAUCUAUUCAGUAUAUUAUUACAUAUACAUCGUUUGUAUACUAAGCUAGAUUUGGAUGUUAGUAUAAGUGGUUUAAUCCCUGUGAAUGACAAUUAUAUUACUAGGUGUCACACAUGGGUGGUACUUGAUUUUAGGAUGCUUACUUUUGAAGCCAGGUAUAAGUCUGAAGGGUCUUAGCUGUAUCAAAAAGCAAAGGUUGGAGUUGAUCCUCUGUUUUUGGAGAGAUGCUUCUUUGUUCACAAAUUACUUACCUAUUAGUACUUGUUUUUAAUUUGCCCAUCCUCAAACCCAAGAAUGACUAUUUUAAUACUGAUUCUUCUUUACUUGACUCCCAAGUAUUUAAAAGUGCGGAGUUAGUAUCAACACUUUCUUCAAUCAAGUUUUAUGUCUGCAUAAAAUAUUUCCUAGAAACUCGUAUAAACAUACACACACUUAAGUGUAUAUGUGUGUGAUCUUUAUGCUAAUAAAAUUAAAUAUUUUAAGGAGUCCACAUAAAAUAUCUAUUUGGGCUGCACAGUCAACAUCUGUAUCAUGUCUGCUUUUAUUCCUUAUAAUCCUUAUAUUAACCAUCGGAAUCUGAAGGCAGAGCAAGAUGAUGGAAUAGAAGGCUCCACUGAUCGUUCACAUGCAAGGACAGCAAUUUAACAAUAAUCCACACACGAACAACACAUUCAUGAGAGCCAAAAAUCAGGUGAGCCUUCAUAGUACCUGGUUUUAACUUUAUAUCACUGAAGAGGCAGUGAAGAGGUAGAAAAAACAACUUGAACAGACAAUGCUACCCCUGUCUCACCACUGACAGAAGGAACAGUGUGCUAAGAGUGUCUCUGGGCUCUGGUGAGAAAGAACACAGCAAUUGUGAGGCUUUGAGCUCAGUGCUGUCCUGUAAGAGCAGAAAGGAAAACCAGAUAAAAUUCAGCUGAUGCCUGGCCACAGACAGAGCAUUUAAACCAGCCCCUGUCAGAGGGGAAUUACUGAUCCCAGUGGUCAAAACUUGUGUUCCCACAAACCUUGACACUGAGGACUAAAAUGCGCUGAGGCUCUAAGUAAACUUAAAAGGCGGUCUAUGCCAUAAGUAUUGCAACUCUUAGGUGAGUCCUAGUGCUGAAUUGGGCCCCGAGAUAGUGGACUGUGCGGGGGGCACGUGAACUACAGAGACACCAGCUGGGGCAACUAAGGUUGUGCUGGCAUCACCCUUGCCUAACCUCAGGCUGCACAGCUCAUGGCUCCAAAAGAGUUCUUCCACUUGAGAAGAGGAGAAGAAAGAGUGGAGAGGACUUUGUCUCGCAUCUUGGAUACCAGUUUAGCCACAGCAAGAAAUUGCACUCGUCAAAGCUGUGAGGCCCUUAUUCCAGGACCUCCAUCCCAGACGACAUUUCUAUAUACACCCUGGGCAAGAAGGGACUAACACUGUUGCUUAAUAUUUUGCUUCGUAAGCACCGACGGAUUGAUUCAAUUGAAAUUUUUGUACUCACCACAGUAAUAUUCAUAAUUAUUAUUUAGAUUGACAUGCUUAUUUUUAAGUAUAGUAUAAUCAAAUGUUUUCUAAUUUAAAAAUGUGCUAGCAAAUUUUAAAAAUUAAAAAAAAGGCUAAUUUUAUCCUUAAAAAAAUAAUUUCUGGGCCGGGUGCAGUGGCUCAUGCCUGUAAUCCCAGCACUUUGGGAGGCCGAGGCGGGCAGAUUAUCUGAGGUUGGGAGUUCAAGGCCAGCCUGACCAACGUGGAGAAAUUUCAUCUCGACUAAAAAAAUACAAAAUCAGCCGGGUGUGGUGGCCCAUGCCUGUAAUCCCAGCUACUCGCGAGGCUGAGGCAGGAGAAUCGCUUGAACUUGGGAAGUGGAGGUUGCUGUGAGCCGAGAUCAUGCCAUUGCACUCCAGCCUGGGCAACAAGAGCAAAACUCUAUCUCAGUAAAUAAAUAAAUAAAUAAUUUCUGUUAAAUAUAAAAAGUAGUUUUUAUCAUAGCAAAUGUCGCCCUAGCUAUGUCAAGUCAAAAAUUUAGAUUUAUUGGGAUUUUAAAAGAAGAUAAUACUAUGUCCCUAUGUGUUUCAUUCCACUUUAUGAUACACGCUGGAAAUGUUUAUGCUCAGUUUUUGGAAGCAGAAUAUAUGUGUCGUGGGUACAGUUGCUCAAUUUAUUCAAUUUAUACUUGUAAAUGCUGAUUCUUCACCAAUGAAUUCAAUUUUAUUAAUUCAAUUAAUUAAAUUUUAUAAUACAAAACAGUGAAUUUAAUGACAUAUCUUUGCCAGUCAGUGUUCACUGGUUGAGCCAGAAAGAGUUUUACAAAGUUUUUUUUUGAGACGGAGUCUUGCUCUGUCACCAGGCUGGAGUGCAAUGGUGGGAUCUUGGCUCACCGCAACCUCCACGUCCUGGGUCCAAGUGAUUCUCCUGCCUCAGCCUCCUGAGUAGCCAGGACUACAGGCGCAUGCUACCACACCUGGCUAAUUUUUGUAUUUUUAGUAGAGAUGGGAUUUCACCAUGUUGGCCAGGAUGGUCUCAAUCUCUUGACCUCGUGAUCCGCCUGCCUUGGCCUCCCAAAGUGCCUGGAUUACAUGCAUCAGCCACAGCGCCCAGCCCCGAGUUUUACAAAGAUUUACUGUACUUUCACUCCCACUCCGGAUCUUCUUUAAUCAAAAUAUAUAGCAAGCAUUUCAAUAAUCAUGAUAACAAAUAGAAGUGUGAUUUACAUUUUGUCAGCAACAUCACACCUCAUGUGAAACAGGUAAAUUUAGAACAACCAGAAAAGAAAGACUUAUCUGUGAUCUACUAAGAGAAGUAUGAAAAUUGAGCUUGAAAUGGAAACAUUUUAUGAUACGAAUCGAUAAUGAUUUUGUACAUUUUAUGAUUUUACACAUAAUAUGCAGAAAAAAGUAAUUUCAAUAUGCAAUUAUGUAAAUUGCAAAAUCUACAAGAAACAUUUCAAAACAAUUUUGAUAUUGAUGAAUUUAAAGUUACUUUUUAGUUUAUAUGUUAAAUUUUUGAAUUUGAUGUUAAUAAUACCGACUUGAAAGAAGUUAUAUUGCUUACUCAAUUUAGUGAAGAAAAAUGUUUUGAGUAUGUUUGGGACAUUGCGUAUAUGUGAAUCUAAUUUUUGAACUGUAAAUUUUAUUAAAUUUAAAUGCAGACCAAGUAUUUUUGAAAAAAAAUUAGUGUCUG